CAUGCGCGUCUGGCGGUUCGCGGUUGCGCCAACUCUGGUAGAGGAUGUUGCUAGCAGCCAUGAUGGUGUAGAUGUGCACAGCCUUUUUCACAACAAUAACAGCAACACAAUUUGCAUCUCCAGAUUACCCCGAUUUUUUGAGGAUUAUACCUUCUGAAGUCUACCGUGCAUUGGACUCCGGACACACCGAAUCCCCUUCAGUAUUUGUCUGCUACUAUCUUGCUGUAUUGACAAUGGGAGCGGAGCGGUUUGCACAUUUACAAGGCUGCUUUCUGCAGGAGCAGAGACAAUCAUGGCUGGCCAGCUAGAUAGGCCGCGGAGGGAUCUUGUAGCUGACAGCAACAGAGUACUGUGUGUGGAGCUUGUGGGCAGAUCAUAAAACGUGGUACUAAAGAAGCUCAGUGUUUAAAUCACACGAGUAUAGUUGUGUUGUCUCUUUGAGGCCCUGAGUGAGACCGUUAGCUUCACAACCUUGACUGGUUCGUUAGCUCCUUUUAGCCGGCUAACGAGAGCUAGCAUCGACUGCCUGGCUAUCCAUCCGCUGGAAAAAGACAAUAUAGUGCUGGGGUUUGCUUCUCCUCGGUGUGUGCUCGGUAGGCAUUUGUAUAUCGCAAAAGUCCCCCUUUUUGCAGCGUCUGCACCUGGAUGAAUGUGGGACAAAAUGGAGACCCCGACGAUUGUGUACGAUCUGGAUACCUCUGGGGGCUUAAUGGAGCAAAUCCAAACACUGCUGGCGCCCCCGAAGUCAGAGGAGGUGGAGAAGAGGAGUCGGAAGUUGGUGAGAGACGUCCGGAGGAGCGGCAGGGCCACCAACCACGACACCUGCGACAGCUGCCGGGAGGGGGGAGACCUGCUCUGCUGCGAUCACUGUCCUGCAGCCUUCCACCUCCAGUGCUGCAACCCACCUCUAAGUGAAGAAAUGCUUCCCCCAGGGGAAUGGAUGUGUCACCGCUGCAAUGUUCGAAAAAAGAAGCGAGAGCAGAAGUCAGAACAGACCAACGGCCUACCGGAGAAGUCCUCAUCUAAGCGCUCCGUGUCCCCGGCCGUGGAGCUGGAGCUCAACGCCGGCCCACUGCGGCUCGACGGCCUGCCUCCGGGGGCCGGAGCAGCAGGUCCCGGCCUGCGAGUGGCUCAGGUACGCCUCUUGGACCGCAGGACCAGCAGCAGGCCGAGCAGCCGGCCCGGAACGCCCACCUCCAACACUUCGUCCACCCCGACCCCCUCCGAGGAGCAGAACGACGGGGAGGAAGAGGCAGCAGAGCCCGAGGAUGAAGUUCUGGGCUCAGAGCACGAGGGUGCUACGCUAUCCGCUCCGACUCCACGCCUCCUCAAGAGGCCCUUUCAGCUGCUAAUAGCAGCCGCUAUGGAGAGAAACCCUACGCAGUUCCAGCUGCCCAGUGAGCUCACCUGCACCACUGCACUACCAGGCAGCAGUAAACGGAGGAGAAAAGAGGAGCUACUGGGGAAGCCAUUCAGGAGGCCUCAGCAUGAACUGGAUCCCAAUGGUCUGGUCCCUCUACCUGUCAAAGUAUGCUUUUCUUGCAGCAGGAGUUGCAGGUUGGCCCCCCUGAUCCAGUGUGACUAUUGUCCCCUUCUUUUCCACAUGGACUGUCUGGACCCUCCACUCACAGCUUUACCUGCUGGCAAAUGGAUGUGUCCAAACCAUGUUGAGCACUUAGUGCUGAAUCAGAGGAGCCUGAGCCUGUCCAGUCGCUGUCAGCUCUUUGACCAUUUCCAGGACAGGAUGUCCCAGCACGCCGUCAAGUUGGACUUCCUACGUAGAGUCCAUCGGCAGAACGCACCCAACCGGCGCACAACCCACCAGCACAAUAAGAAGACCAUGAAGGUGCCAGAUGCCAUCAAGUCCCAGUACCAGAAUCCUCCCCACAUGCUGCUUCCUGCAGGGGUGCGCCAGUUGGAGCUGGUAUGUAGCGGCGUGCCUGACCACCAGCCCUCAAAGCACCUCACCUCAGAGGCUGAGCAGCAGGAGUGGCUUCAGGAUGUCAUCGCCCUCCAGUGCAGCAUCAUGCGACACCUAUCCAUCAAGCAGAAGGCUUCGUCCGCAGCAUCCACCCUGUCGCCAGUAACAUCGUCAACAGAGUGGGUUUCUGAGCAGAAAGCCAGUACUAAAUCAUGUGUAACAUCAGAGGGCAUGAAAACUCCGUCUUCUUUAGGAAGGACUUCCCUCCCCGACCCCUGCUCUAAACCCUGCAGUACGCCCAAUGACCCCCAGGGGGCCUCGCUCUUAAGGGACACCCUUGCAGAGACGGGUGUUUGUAAAUGCAGCCCGACGCCAUGUCAGAACUGUAGGAAACCCAACGGACCUCUAGCAGAGGAGUGUCAGCCUCCCAAAGCCAACGGACCUAUAGACUGUAACAGUGCCUCGGACUCCUGCAGGCAGGCUGAGCUGCAGCACAGACUGAUGACCAGUACGACACCCCCGGACUCAGCUCCCGCCUCUGUGCUGGUGAACCACAUAGGAGCAGAAACGGUUAAAAAGGAGCCCGAGAGCACUACAGAGGCCUGCGCUCAGAAGAACUGCCCCACUGCCCUGACGAUAUGGCCCCACAGCGGCCAGCAGAACCACAGGAGCCAGACGGUCCUCCAGCAGGAGUGUAUGAGCAGCGAUGAAAAACCAACCUACUCCAUCACCAGCAGCGCCCGCUCAUACACACCACCUAAAGGCAACCAGGAGCACGACUCAACCAAGCUGAGGUCGUCUUCACUCUCUCCAGACAUAAAGGCUGGUCCUGGACUGAUGGGAUCACUGCUGCCCAGCACUCUCUCCUCCAUCGCUAACCUGUCCAGCUGCAUGAAAGAUGGAAAGGAGGAGGAAAGAGGGAUUGAGCUGGACAAACUGGAUGCAGAGAUGAUCAAGCUCCUGGCCUGGCAGAGGAUCCAGCAGCUCUUCCCCCCCAAAGUGCCCAGCACUCCACUUCCCCCGGCCACCAGCGCAGCCCCCAAAACCCCAACACCCUGCCCUGACAGUCAGAAGAAGGUCCAAGCCCGAGCCGUCUUCUACCCUCUGACAGGAAAAGGAGGAGCUGUCAGCAUGUGCUAUAGGACGUUAUAUAUAGGAUCAGGUGCUGACAUGGACGUGUGCCUUACAAACUACGGCCAUUGCAACUACAUAUCGGGGAAACACGCCUGUAUUUUCUAUGAUGAGAAUACCAAGCACUAUGAGCUGCUCAAUUACAGCGAGCACGGCACCACCGUUGACAACGUCCUCUACUCGUGUGACUUCUCUGAGAAGGCCUCUCCAUCUCCACCAAGCGGGCUGGUGGCCAAAGUCCAAGGCAUCAUACGCCGCAGUAAGAAGCGCGAGGACGACGAGGGUCCCAGCUCCGUGGUGGGUUUGUUGCCGGCCGGCGGAGUGAUGAGCAGCCAGCCUCAGGGCGGCUCCGAGCCGUCGUGCAGCUGUAAGGCGAGCAGCUCCAGCCUGAUCGGAGGCAGCGGGGCGGGUUGGGAGGGCACGGCCCUACUCCACCACGGCAGCUACAUCAAACUGGGUUGCCUCCAGUUUGUCUUCAGCAUCACCGAGUUCGCCAGUAAGCAGCCCAAAGAGGAGCAGACCACCACGCCCGCAGCCAGUUGCACUAGCACCAGCAGCAACGGCAGCAGCAGCGCGGCCAGCACCACUACCAGUACCGCCCCCACCACCACCUUCACACAACCACAACCACCACCACCACCACCACCACCAACACCCAACACUGCCACAGUGAGCAGCCCCUCCAGCCAGGAUGAGACCGACACUGAGACUGUCCCUCCCCACCAAGUGCCCGUACUGCGCUCCAACUCUAUUCCAUAACCUGCACAGGAAGUCCCACCCUCCCUACUUUUGUUUUGCACCUUCCGAGUCACAAUGAAGGGAAAGCUGCACAGCUGGUUGGUCAACAGGGAAAAGUUUAUUUUUUCAUUUUUAACGGUUUAUAUCUUUGCAUGAACUUGAAGUAUUUUUGACAAUCUCUUGUUUUUGUUUUUUUUGAAUGACUGACCAGUAACCCUCUGUUCACUUCAGACCGUUAGGACUUUGAGCAAACAUUAUUUACCCAUGCUCAACUUUUCUUUUGCCAGUAUAUUGGUCAUGUAUGGUGUAACAUUAUUUUGUCAGUCAACCCAUUUAGCACAAACCUUUUUAAUUUGUAGUAUUGAAUUCCAUACAUUCUAAUUUCUUUUGCUGCUUUUGCACCAUAGGUAGCUAUAUAUGUAUGAAAACAUACAUGCUUAUACACUAUAAUAUGUAUAUAUAAUGUAAAUAUAUAUAAUUCAGUGCCUCUCAAUUGGAGAAACAUUGGAUUUCCUGUAGAUUUACCAUUUUUUGGUUUUUAACUGUACAGUUCAUGGAAUUUGUGAUACUGUGUAGAGUACCAGAAGUUUUGUGAUAAAACUCGUUCUUAGUCUGUACUUUCCGCUGUAGUCCAUCUGUAAAUACCGUAUUGUUUUAGCACUCAUUUUAACAUCUUGUGCUGCUCUGUAUAUAAGCACUCUUUGUCUGUACCUGCUUGUCUGUUCAAACCUGUAAAUACAGAAAGAUUUUCUAAGAACAAACUCAA